AUGUCUUCCAAAGGCGCGCAGACAGAAUCGACAGGGCCGAAGGACCCCCCGGUUGAGCAGCAGAGCUCGGAUGGGCCGAAGAACCCCCAGUAUAAGGCCGCGGGCGAGAAGGAAGAAAACCCCAUACUAGCUCAAGUGUUGGCGGCUGUCAAGCGGCUUGAGCUUGACCAGGGAAGACUAAGCCUCCUGCUUGACGCAAUGAACGGACGUAUCGAGAAUAUAUCCUUCAACAAAGACAUUGUGAAGAUGAUGACAGAGGACCAAGCCCUGGACAGAGAAUUCCCACCAGAGUCGAUGCCUGCUCCUUCCGCUGAGGUGGAUGAACGGCUGAGGUCUUCUAGGGAAGAAGCCACAAUUGCACCUAUAUCGCCGUCUACACUUAAAACUCCAAAGCGCGGUGGUACAUCUCGCAUUAUUCUCACCACCUACCCGGGUCAAUCGGGUAUUGAUCCUAUCAAGAUGGACUGGGGCAACAUGGAUGCAAAGGCCAGAGGGCCAGUUGUUGUGAGCAGGCAGUAUGACACCGUCCGGAGACGAAAUGCGAAGAUUGGGCCCUUCCCGCAAUGGGGUGAUAAGAAAAAGAUCGUCGCCAUGGAUCCGUGGGGCCAUCUCGCGCCCUGGCUCUUUGAAGAGCUGAGGACCGAUCACCAACUAGAUAUACGCCCAACCAUCGCCAUCACUCGCGCGCACAUGAAGUUGCCGGAGCUUGCUGAAAGCGUAAAGGCAGGCCGAUUAGUACCUGAUGGGAAAAUUUGUCUCAACGAGACGGGAGAGCUAGCGGUUACCAAGGUCGCUGUAGAGCCUGUCUGGUAUCUUCCCGGGGUAGCUGAGCGGUUCGGCAUAGAUGAGGGUUCUUUGCGUCGUGCGCUUUUCGAAGUCACUGGCGGAUCAUACCCGGAGCUCAUUACUCGAGGAGACAUCAAGGUAUUCCUACCGCCAAUUGGAGGGCUGACGGUAUAUAUCUUCGGUGAUCCCGCUAAAAUGGCCGACCCUAACGCCAAACUCGCGUUGCGCAUCCAUGACGAGUGUAACGGUAGUGAUGUAUUUGGUUCCGAUAUCUGUACCUGCCGUCCAUACCUGAUCUUUGGAGUUGAAGAGGCUGUUAAGGAGGCGCAAAAGGGCGGCAGUGGUGUGGUCAUAUACUUCCGGAAGGAAGGGCGAGCGCUCGGUGAAGUCACGAAAUAUCUGGUUUAUAACGCCCGUGCAAGCGAGUACUUUAAGAGGACCGAGAAUAUCGCCGGCGUCAAGGAUAUGCGCUUCCAAGCCCUUAUGCCAGACAUUCUGCAUUGGCUGGGUAUCACUAAGAUCGAUCGAAUGCUCAGCAUGUCCAACAUGAAACACGACGCAAUCGUCGAGCAAGGCAUACCCAUACUGGAACGGGUACCCAUCCCAGACGAGUUGAUACCCGAGGACAGCAGGGUCGAGAUCGAUGCCAAGAUCCAUGCUGGUUAUUUCACAAGCGGCAAGGUCAUGAAUAUGGAGGAACUCGCGAACGUUCGAGGACGCCAAUGGGAUGAUGUCGAUGUAAGCUAUCACCUCCGUACUUAUCGUAAGACGUAG